AGCUAUUCAGCUAGCCAGUGCUCAAGCGGCAGCAGAACCAACAGCGCAAUAGCGCAGUAAGUCAGAUCGGUUGAUUGGUGCGGCUAGUCGCUUAAUGUGAUGGAACAGGGGGGAGGGGGAGUUGGUCGACUAGUUGUUUGCUGCGUUUGCGUGCUUAAGCUGAGCUCUCAAGAAGGCUCUGAAACGUUUGGUGUUGCCGCUCUCGGGUGUGAAUGAACUAGUGUGGCAUUGUCGCAUGAAUUCUUGAGAUCUGAACCGAUCGACGCUGACGCUGGGGCACGGUAUCGAAAACAUUUGGCUCAACACUCAAAUAAUUAGAGCGGUAUUGGAACAUGGCGAGCCACAUCAACAAGAGAAUCGAAACAACUCACACCAGAGAACAUUGCACUCAUAUGGCAGUGACGAUAUCAUUCAUAUUAAUAUUAUAAUGGCAUUUCAAAGAGAGAGAGAGAGACUUCACAUACACACGUAAGCCGUGACAGUUGAGUCCAUUGAGUAUUUAUUAUGGAUCCAACAUGAACUUGGUACGUUAAGUUGUUAUUGGUUGUCAGUGCUGGGCAAAUGUCAGUUUAAAGUGAAAUAAAAGAGCAGUGGAUGGGUGCAUACUUACUUAAGUAGACUAUAAAUAAAUGUUCCAGUAGUGAAAUCGCUGUAUUCAUUCACCAGUUACAACUUCAGAAGUGCUAAAUAAAAAGUGGGAGUGUAGAUGUGUGAAUGCAAAAUUGUUGAAUGCGCAAAAAUCAAAACAAGCAUUAGCAAAAUAAAUUAAUAGCGCAAAUAAAACUCAAACAAUCCUCCUGUCAUUAAGCGUACAAAUUGUUGAAAACUCCAAUAGAUCCAUAAUUUGGCUGUCCGGUAAUCGGAAGCUAAUAUAAAAAGCCUGCUAACGAUGAAAUAACUAUCUCAUAAGCUGAAAUAGCAGAUGACGUUUUAGAACCAUCAAUUGUGGCUGUGGUGGGUUCAUGAGUUGGUGUAUAUUUAAGGAUUUGAGGUGGUAAUAGUGAUGGAGUUGUAGCGACGGUAGAAUUGAAAAUGCAGUUAGUAAAGAUGCUGCAACAAAGUCUACUAAUCCAAAAAUGACAGAUGAGCGCAAGCGUAAUAGCCUUAAUAAUGACACUAGCAUCAGUACUCAGAGUGCAGAAAACGGAGUUAGCGGAAAUAAUAUUUAUAUAAACAACAAUAGUGAUCAUCGUCCACAAAUUCAAUUUGAUUCAGAAAGAAAUGAGCGUAUCAUUGUAGAAGCGGCCAAAAUAUUAUUCAAGAAUAGUUUGAACGGUACCAAUGCAGAAUCGAGCCCAUACAAUAUUUUACCAAUAGUUGCAGCAUAUCAGCCACUACCCUUAUCACCAAUUACUCAAAGCUCACCGCUAUUUCAGCCACCACCACCUGCUCAUACCGGGCGUUAUACUGUACAACAAGAGCAAGACAGUGAAGAUUUAUUGGCGAUAGCGUCGUCAAAUAGAUCUACUGCGAGAAAUGGUGCUGUUGCAACUUCAACAAAAACAGCAGGCACUAAAGCGGUUAAACAGACAAACCCAUCGACAGCUUUUACCCCGUUGCCAAAAACGACACCGCUGCCAUUUGACUCAAUCUCGGCAACAUUGUCAAAGAAGUAUACAUCGCAACAAAACACUGAUAAAGUCAUGGCCGCAGCUGCGGCAUUGGGCUCUGGCUGCACAACAUCUUUAUCGGCUCACCUAGUCAGCGGCGUUAAGGUUUCCGAUAGUGGCGUAAUUGAUUAUACAAUGAAUGCAACAUCUUCAUUGUCGUUGAGUGACAAUAAUAACGCCCAUAGUGGUAAAGAUAGCAGUGACAAAAAUGAAAAAGUUUCUGGUCAUAGCAAUGGUGGCAGUAGCAAUAAUGACAUAGGAAGGAAUCAUUCUUCCGUGAGCAGUGAAAAUGUUGGUGGCAGUUUUGGCGGCCGUUUACAGUUCUUCAAAAACGGAAAGGUCAUAUUGGAAUUGGCGCGGUCAAAGGAAGGUGAAAAAAGUCGUUGGAUUUCGGUUCCACGAAAGAUGUUUCGUGCACCAUCGGCGACGUCAUCUACUGUAACGCCCACAUUAGUCUCUUCAUUAGCGUAUUCCAAGAAUGAAAGUUCAACAUCGCUAAGCUUUUCUGACGACAACAGUUCAAUUCAAUCAUCACCAUGGCAGCGAGAUCACAAUUGGAAGCAACUAACUCCUCGAAAUGGCAUAUCAAAAGCCAUGUCACUGUGCUAUCAAAGGCCCAAGAGUGUAGUUUUGACAAAACCUGCGUUAUUACUCGCUCGGAAAAAACGUCGAAGACCAUAUGAUACGAUUUUGUCAGCUAGUGGAAUGACCCUGUUUGAGAGCCAAAAGAAAAUGGUAGACGGAAAGUUAUGCUCUAAAAGCAUUAAAAUUUCAGAAAAAUCACAAUCGAGCUGUCAGCAGGAAAGAGGUGAAAUAAAAACCGAGAUUAAAAAAGAAAUGAUCGGUGCAAGCAAAAUAGGGAAUGGUAAAUUAGAAACUGCGUUUAUAAAUGAAGAAGAUGGCUGUUCAAGUUCAUCUACGGCAACGUUAACUGGAGAUGAUUGUACAGAUGCUCGAAUGGAGGAUAAGACCCCCACCCCGACAUCAACCUCAACACCACAAUCUCCAUGUCAGGAGGAAAAAUCAAUGGUAAUAAGAAAAGAAAUAGCAAAAACAACAUUUGGUUGUCCAAAGGAAGUGACCAAGUCGGCCGAUUUAGAGAAAAUGAAUACCAGUGAAGAUGAGAAUUCAAUAUCUACGAUAACUGAUAACGAAGGUUCCGGGUCGCAGGUGAACGGUAAGACAACGGAUAUUUUCACGGGUACCUCCAAAAUAGUUAAAACAGAUUUGAAAGAUGAAAGUAUUAGAGAAAAAUAUCAUCAUCGAUACGAGAAAAAGCUUCAGAAUCCCAAAACUCGACUUAAGUUAAAUGCAAUUGUACAAAAGUUGAUUGACAAAGUACCCGAACGCUUAGCACAACUGUCCCGGGUAUCUCAGACAGUUGCAACUACAGGUGUUGGCGGUGCUAAUAAUUCACUUUUACAUAAGGUUUCACCACCAAGUACAUCAACACCAACGCGUCUAGUAGAAUGCCCACAACAGCAUGUAUCACCGCGGAAGCGAAUCCUGCGUGAAUUCGAAAAAGUCUCGUUAGAGGAUACUUCAAGUGUGGCAGGUGGAAAGAGAAGUCGCGCGAAGAGUAAUGCAUCUUCUUCAUCUGCGUCUUCGUUCCGUAGUAUAAAAUCGCCCAAUAAUCGCAAUCAGUGCAGUAAUAAUAGUGGCAGUCCACCUGGUGUAAAUCCAUCAUCUUCCAGUGGGAAUGGCGCCCUUCGAUCUACAGUUACUGCGUAUUCGAAAUCUGAGUCAACGCAUUCGAUAACGACGUCGGCACCUACACGAUUGUACAGUUCAUAUAGUAUACAUUCUUUAUUGGGAGGCAGCGGUGGUUGUAGUAAUACAAUAUCAACUUUAGAGACGACAAAUGCGGGCAGCAACAAAAUAAUGAACGAUAAGGGAAUUAUUAGCGGUGCGGGCUAUCAUCAACAACAUCAUCUUACUUCGUCACAGCAACAUUACGGCGAUCCGUCAUAUUUACGUGCAAUGCUUGCCUCACCGAAUUCACCAGAACAGUGCAGUCUGAGCGGGGGCGGCAAAUCACCGUCGACUUCUGCCACAAAAAGACGUUCACCGCCUUAUGCUUCACCCCUACGCGAUGCGCAUAGCGUUAAUGAUAUUGGAGCACUGAAUAAUAAAACGCGCUAUGCCUCCGACCAAGGUGGUGGCCUUGAUGCUACCUCUACAACACAUUCAACCAGUCAUUCUAAUUUGCAUUCGCAGAAGCAGGGAUUCUACUUUCCGUACAUGCCAUUAUCAAAAUAUGUACCUUCGGCGAGCUGUUCCGCCACUACCACAAUCUCCUCCAUAUCCCCAAAUUCCUGCUGUACUGGCGAGGCUCGAUCACCGCGUCACCCUUCAGCUUUUAGUAGAACAUCUUCACCAGCGUCAAUAUCUACAAACAUUCCAGUUAAUCAUUCUGCUUCCAGUUCAAUUGGCAACAGUCGAGAAAACUCGCCGCCUACGUCGCGGGUUAUAACUGAUUCGCCAAGAACUGUACCAAAAAAGACUGCAUCUAUACGUAGGCAAUUCGCCUCGCCCACUGCCGCCGCAGCAAGUAGUGGCAGCCCAUCGCCUGGCGAGCGUUACUCUGAGGACUCAUACUCUACACAGGACCGCCGAACUCCUGUAUCGAGUACAAGUGUUUGCGGUGGUGCAUCUCAUCAAAUACAACGUAGUUCCCCAAGUGGGAGUACAAUUCCUUCUCCCCUGCAGCACUACUACAUGUAUCCACCGGCGGCGCCGAAUGGCACUUCCAGUCCGGCCCCACACAGCUCCACAGUUUCACCAAACACAGUCAUGCCUGUUGGCCCUGGUACAACUAGUGCUGCCGCCGCAGUAGCAGCGGCGGCAUCGUACAUUCCAUCAGUAAUGUCGCCCGCCUAUAUGAAUCCCUAUUUCGCUUUGGCUGCGCUACGGCAUACACCGCAAAUGUGGUCACAUUAUGGUGGUGCGUCGUUACCUUUGCAUCUCUCCUCCGCCGCAUCCUCGGCUUCAGCGCGACUUUCACCGCCAGCUUUUCAUACUUUUGCUUACAAUGGUGUUAAUGCGGCGAUGGCAGCGGUAAUGCAACAGCAACAACAGCAACAACAAAUAUUGGCCACUUCAGCGCUAUUACAUGGGCAUAGUCUGAGCUGUGGACCGGCCCUACCGACUCUUCAUCACACAGUCAACGCAUGUAGUGGCAGAUUGCAUUCACCGGCAACAAUGACUGAGCGAGCGGCUGAUUUAGCCGUUGGAAUAACAACAGAUAAUGCAACAGGUUUGGGUUUGAGUCAGGAAGAGAGGUCGGUAGCGGCAGCAGCUCCCCCAAUCUAUCUUAUUAGCAGCAAAGAAGAACAUAGUUCAGAUGUGCCGCUGAACCUGUCAAAACAUUAAGUGCACUAUUUCAUAGCUAUGUAAGUUCCAUAUGUUUUGGCUAUUCACAAACUGACAUAAAGUAUUGUAAAGGGCAAAGGUGUAUAAAUAAUGGACAAAAUACCAUUUGUUUUUCAUCCGUUACAACUUGUGCAAUACUUCGUAAAUCACCUUAGUUCUGAUAUUUACGGUUUAAAUUUUCAUGAAUGCCAAGAAAAAUAUAUGCAUACAUAUAUACAAAGUAAAAAUUGUAGGCAGCGAGAGCGGAGGUCAUGAGUUGUCACUGCCCGACGAAAAACUGAAUCCAAGAAAAACAUUUAGCAAAUACUGGGACAGUUAAUAUUCACGAUGCAAAGAAACUAUAAAUAUAUGUCAAAGUGAAAUCUAUUUUUGUCGCAGUUGUGUGCACUCUGUGCUUGGCCUUACAAGAGAAAACGGAUAAAAUCACCUUAUAAAAAAACAAUAUUUAAAUACUUACCUACAAGUAUAUUUACAUAAAGUUUACCUUUGAUAUGAAUGAGUCUUUAGUAUGAAGUAAUGAAGUAAGAUUAUUAAAAUAAAAUGAUUGAAAAACUGCGAGGUGAGUUCCAAAAGGCAUAAAUGCAAAACAUCAGUCGUUGCGCCACCUCUUAUGUUUAGAAAUAAACGAGACUUUUUAUACAGUAAUCUGUAAAUUUGGAAUUCACUCGUACUAAUGUAAGUAAUAUAUAAUACUUUUCUAAUAUAUACAAUAUUUACACCACAUAUAAGUAGCUAGAUAGACAUAUACAAGUAAACCUUCAUGACUUGUGGAAUUGUGGGACUUAUAAAAAAUGUUUUAAGUCAAGAAUUUAUAUACACAGUUUUCCUUUAAACAAAAAGAAUUUAGUAUAAAUAGUGUUAAUAAUGAAAGGUCUAAAAAUUUAUAUUUGGAAGCUGAGCUGUAGAAAUAAAUGUAAAGUACAUUCGGGCCUGUUUACCGUAAGCACCCGGCUUUGUAUUCAGUUAAGGAGUAUCACUUCAGCGACAUUCUUCAUAAAUUUAUGAGGAAUGUCUUAUGAUGUGUAAUUAUGUGUAAUUAUAUGUUGGACAUGCAUAUGUAUGUACAUAUACAUAUAUGCGUGAAUAUAUAACUAUAAUUAAUAUUAUUAAAAAGGAAGACUUUCUUAGUUUUAAAAAUUCCAUCUCUACAACAUAAAAUCACUUUUAUCUAAAUUAGUGACCUACUCGUACUACUUGUUUCGGACAUAUGAUUACUGAUGAAGAAUCUCAAAGAGGACAAAAAUUUAAAACUUAAAAAUCAUUGUGAAAAUCUGUCACAUUAUUUUUUCUUUAAUUUUUCAAAAGGAAAUUAAGAAAAUCUAGUAAAAUAAAAUGUCAAUGUCAUAUUCUUUAGUUCAGUACGGAAAUAUACAAAACUCCGCAUAAAGCCCUAUUUUGAGUUCUGCAACGAAAUAAAUUAUCAGUGAACUCGAUUGAAGUGAGCUCACUAUGUUUGAUAGAAAACGUGUUUUUAUGAAGCGACACUUAAAAAAGUAAAAGAUAAAUAAAAAUAUUUAAAAAUUGUGCCUUUACUAUAUGCAAAAACUGCAAAACUACAAAUGUAUACAACUGUACCACAAAAAAAAAAAACGGAAAUCGCACAUGUUUAGGAUAUCUUGCAGAUAAACAUAAAAAUCUGAAUAAUACGUUAACUAUACGAAAUUUUCUUCAGCUUGAUUGGAAAAUUACAAGAACCGCAAGCGAGUCUAAACCAAUAGUUUUGUUUUAGAGGCAACGUUUCAUUACUCCAUUUCUUUAAAAUGGAGGGCAUGGGUCAUUAUCACGUCUUAUCACAUUUUACAUUAAUUUAGAGACAGAUUUCAUACAAAAAUUAUUCGAAUAAUAAUUUGCGUACACAAAAAAAUUUAAUAAAAAUUAAUUGCAUUUGAAAAUAUUCAAAAUUGAAAAGGAAAGUUGACGAGCUAUCGAUUUGAUUCCUUAUAAUUAUCACUAAAGUUAUCCUUUGAAUAUUUUAUUGCAAACUCAGUCAUUGGAAACAAACAUAUCAAGGAAUUUAAAGCGUCGAAUUUAACCCAGCCGAAUGUGUUUGUGCGUGCUUAGCAUUCGGUAGAGCCCGGGUUCGAAGUGCACUGUGGGCAUGAAACACCACAAUAGAAGAUGUGGGGCGUGUAUUUGUGUCAUCUUCCUUUCUGAGGCGGCACAAAACUGUAGGUCCCACCAACUUUUAUAUAAAUACAUACAAUACAUGCGCCCAAUUUUCUGUUAAUUGCAUAUAAAAUUCCUUGUGUCUGUGUAUAAAAUAAUAAUUUAACUGCGAAAUCUGGCUAUUAAGACUUUAGCGACUUAUUCAAACCGGUCAAAUUCAAAUAUAUAUAUAAACUUUUAAAUUUUUUUUAACUUAGUUGUAUAUUGGUGAUAAUUGCAUCAUUUUACUUUUUGAAGCGGGCGGUGAAAUUAAGCGCAUUAUAUAUUUGAAUUGUAAAAUAAACGUGAAACAUUCUUUGAGAACUGAAACAUUGAAAAGGAAAUACAAAUACAUAUGCGGCAACUAAUCUAACAAUGAUGUACAAACUUUUAGAAUUUAUCCAAGAAGAAAUUCACUUUAAUCGAAAAAAAUGGCUGGAAAACAAAACGAAUUAGAACUAAAGUUGUAAUUCAUUGUAAGAAAUUUAAUUUUUAUUUAGAAUUCUAAAAAUUGUACAUACCUAUACACAUAUAUAUGUACACCUAUUAAUAUAAAAAUAAUAUAACGGUUUUUCAUGAAAAUCAAAUAAUUUUUAACGUAGAAGAAAAGGUGCAUACCAUUGCUGAAAGGUUUGGAACUGUAAGAGCCUCCUUUAAAUUAAACCACUUCAUAGAAAAUAUUUUGUUUCUAUUUCUCUUUCGUUUUACGUUGCUCCGGCCAAACCAUGCUUUAAAAGCAAAGUUUUAUUUGAAUCGAAUCUUUUAUAAUUACUGAAAGUUUUUUUCUAAAUAUUUUGUUAUUUAAACUUACAUGUUCGUCUGCUUUUUUAUGGUUUAGUAUUUAUGUAGAUAUAUUAAAUUUUAAACAAAACUAAUAAAUGCGUGUAAGAAAUUAAUUAAUUAAUUAAUUUUUUUUGGUUCAUUCAUAUUGGUUUAAACCAAAUACAUACUUACAUACAUAUGUAUUAAUAGAAAUUUAAUUGGUUUCAUGAAAUUAAAAGUAGCUAGCGUUAUGCUGCGUAGAGUUCAUGAUUAAAUUUUGUCUCGAGUAAUCUACCAUAGGUUCUUGGAGUACAAACCCUGAGGUUAUAUGUAAUUGGUUUGAAUAGUUUCAAUGGUCCAGAAUCUUCAGAGCUUGAAAAAUUCGUCUAUACACCGAACCGCAUUCGUAACAGAAAUUGGAGCAUUGGAAUCUCAACUUUCCUUGGGGUCGGUCUAGAUAUUUUUUUAAGAUUUGUCGCUAUCAGUUAGUUAAUGCUCUUCCACUUCACUUUCUUCAUCAUCAUCAUCAUCAUGAACAACAGCCUCCAACAACUAACCAUUAAAAUUUCAUCUUAAAGUAUUCGAUGCAUCUAAAAGAAUUUACAUUAGUAGUAAUAAAAAGUCGAAUAUUUAAAAAAAUAUAUAUAUUGUUGAGUAUGUAUGAAGCACAAAAUAAGGCGUAAUCAAGAUAAAAUCUUUGUAGGAAGUGACAUAACUUAAUACACACAUGACUCCCGACCACAAUGGCAGCGUUUCGUACACUGGCUGAACUAAUUACUCGUAGGAAGGUACUGUAAAGAGAGAGACGCGGGAAUGACGUUAAUUUCGAUUCGUAUAAUUUCAUAUGUAUGAUUUCGUUAAAUUCGAUUAAAAUUUUUCUAGGAAACGUAAUUUUGCCGUCAUAAUUCCUGAGAUGUUGAGUAAUAUAGGAUUAAAUUGUGCUAAAUUUUUUGAGGGAAUAUUGUUUUUAACAAUUAAUUUUCUAAAAACCUACAGCAAAAUCGACAAACUGUUUUAAAAUAACAGAAAAAAUAAGGAAUUCGGGCAUGUUUAUGGUUUUGUAUAUUUGUCAAAAUGGAAAAAUGUGCUUCAUAAAAGUCGAUCAAAUAACAAAAGGGGCUUGCUCAUUGUAUGUAGUAUCCUGAAGUUCUUAGUCGUAAAAUGCAAUGUAUAAUGUUUGGUGUAUUGAUCAUAAAAUGAUCUCAGCAAAAUAACUUAACUUUUUGGCAGAUCUACACCGGUCAUUCAUUUAAAGGUGUUAAAAAGUAGUUUCUCAUAAUUUCCUCCCUUAAGUUGGUGCGUGAACUUUCGCAUCACUGUAGAAUACAUAUGUUGAUGUUUUACAUAUUAUCGUACUUUGAAAUUCAGGUUUUUACAUCUUGGCAUGAUUUUUUUGGUGAAAUUCAUUAUUUCAGGGUGAAAUUUCCAUGCGAAAAUUGUAAAAACUAGCUUAACACAAGCAAAGCUACAAAAUGUUGCUAACCUUCCUAUGAUUUGGUGUUUCAUAUCCACAAUGGGUUUCGAACUUGGACCCUACCUAAUGAUAUUCACCCAUUAAUUAUUCAGUUACGGCGUUGCAUAAUUAAAAACAAUAUCCAUUCAAAAAAUCGGUAGUAGAACAUUUCGCAAAUUAAAGUUUUUUCAGACACACCGCCUAAUAUCUUUGCUAUGCCAUGAAAAACAACUGUUUAUAAAAAUAUAAGUUAAAUGUUUUCAUUAUCUCUUGUGAAGUGAGCUCUUAUUCCGAACAUCGAAAUUCAUCUAUGUUUUGUUGUCGACACAAUUUAACGCAUAAUAUAACUAACAAAUUAAAAAACUAAAUAAUAGCACAGUUAGAAUAAUCGUUCCGCAUUUUCUAUACAUAGAGGAUAGACAAUAUAUGAGGAGAUGGCAUAUUAUUAUUUUCAUAAAGACAAAAAAGACUUGAUACUUUCAGCACUCAUCUAAUUUGUAUAAAAAAUUAAGUUAAUUAAAACAAAUCUUUAAAAAUCGAACUAUUAACAUUAAACCUAUUUCUCACACAUUUACUCAAUUUAUAGAGUAAAAAGGAGCCCGGCCUCCAAAACUAUCAUAUGUAUUUUAUAAAAUUAAUUUAUAUAAAUUAAUACUAUUGUAUAAUUCAAACUCAAAUAAAUAAAUAUGAGAAAAAUAAUGAGAAUGAGAAACCUGUAUGAUAAGUAAAUACAUAUUUGGUGGAUCUGCCAAGCAAACUGGAGUUGACCAGCAAAACUAAUAGAAAACCUAUAAAUGUUACAUAUACAUACAUUGACUAAUAGUCACAUAGUUAAGUCAGCCGGUAAACGUAGUUUAUUUUUACAUACAUUUUAUUGUACUAUGUAUUUAUAUUUUUUUAUAAA